CAGAGAUGAGUGAGAAGGCCAAAGACAGGGAUAUGUGUGGACUACAAAGUUCUCCACCCUGCAUAGGAGCACUCCUGUAUGUCCUUAGCUGUUUUCUUUUGUUGCUGCUCCAGAAGGAGACUCUUGGCUGCCCGUCCGUGUGCCGGCUCUGCACAGGGAGGCAAGUUAACUGCCGUAACUUAGGGCUUUCCAGCAUCCCGCGGAGCUUCCCCCCGCAUACGGUUCUGAUAUACCUCAGUGGCAAUAAUAUAUCACACGUGGCUCCAAAUGAAUUAACAGGCCUUCAGAAACUUGCUGCCCUGUACAUGGAUAAUUGCAGUAUUUCAUAUGUGCAUCCGAAAGCUUUUGUGGAUCUCCAUAAACUGUGCUACUUGCAUCUAAAUAACAAUAAUAUUAAGCGCCUGGAUCCAGGAAUAUUUGAAGGUCUUUCCAGUCUUCGUUGUUUAUACCUGCAGAAUAAUCGAAUAGCUUUUGUUCCUAGAGGAUUAUUUAGUGAUCUCCUUUCUGUUAGAUAUUUAAUGCUUCAAAGGAAUCGUCUCAGUGUCCUUGGAAGUGGGAUGUUUUCAGGAAUGUUAAGUCUCCAAACACUUAAUCUAGCCAAUAAUAAGAUUUCACGGAUAUCAGAUUCAGCAUUUUAUCACCUUGAACACCUCGUGUAUUUGUUCCUUGAAGGUAACAACUUAACGGUCGUGCCAUCAAAUGCCAUUGGAAUACUCAAAAAUCUUGAAAAACUCUCUUUGUCUCACAAUCCUAUUGGAUCAAUACAUCCUUUUGCAUUUAAAGGACUUAACAGGCUCAGAUAUCUGUCUUUAAAAGGUGCAAAGCUAAAAUAUAUUGCUGUAAAUGGAUUUUUUGGAUUGAACAACCUCAGCCAGUUAAUCUUAAGUUAUAAUGAUUUAGAAAAUAUAAGUUCCAGCAGUUUUACUUUAUUGCAUAAUUUAAUGUAUCUGCAGCUAGACAGAAAUAAAAUAGCCAGUAUUGGUGACGGUACCUUUGCGAAUAUGGGGCAUUCACUUAAAAUACUAAGUUUAGCAUUUAACAAUAUUACAGAGUUGCAACCUGGAGUGCUCAAGCCCUUAGUGUCUUUAACUCACUUGCAGUUAAAUUACAAUCCUUGGAACUGCAGCUGCAAAAUGCUUGCCUUACAUAAAUGGCUAGCAUCGUCUUCUCUCUCUGCAAAAAUUGAGUGCCAAAGCCCGCGCCGCAUGCGUGGCAGACCUUUACGUUAUGGUAAGUUGACUCCAUUUGCCAACUGCAGUAGCCCUACUGCCAGUCCAGAAGCGGUCUGGAAGGCAGGGGCUGCAGGUGGUCAGCACAGCACCACCGCUUGGCUGGUGGCCUGGCAUAAAGCAGACAGGCAUAAAGCAGACAACACGUCUGGACGGUUUUUCAGCGUGGGGGCUGGAUAUCUUAAUUUCUGGGAAGGAGCUACAGCAACAUCUGCUAACCCACUGCCUUAUGAAAAGACUGCUGCUGAACAUCCAUCGCAGGCAGCUAUGACAUUGUCACUGUUGCCAGCGCAAGUGCCAGAGGAGACUGUACCUGUUAACACAACUGUACAAAAUGCAAGUUUGUCUCCGUCAGAUGCAGGCUCUGUGUCGUUAAAACCUUCCCUGCUUUGUACACAACAAAUUGAAAAGCUGAAUCAGGCUUUUGACAUUUUACUGGCUUUUUUCAUUGUGGCCUGUGCUGUAAUCCUGUUCCUAACGUACAAAAUUAUUCACUUUAGACAGAAACUAAAGGUGUUAGAAAAUUCGGGGGAAAAGAGAAUAGAAUAUUAUGGUUUUUAUCAGCCUGGCAGAUACAGCAUACCUGACCCAGUGCAGUCUCUAACUCAGAAUUCAGUGGGACAUUCAGAAUUGGACCAAAUUAGGCUGCUCAAGAGAACAGCAUCAGAGAGUCAGGCACAGGUCAUACUGUUUGAACAUUCAGCAUUGUAAUUUUACCUC